AUGGAGGAGGCUGGUAACGAGAAGUUCCUAUCAAGAAGGCGUUCUGCUGCCCUUAAAGCUUUUAAAGUGAAAGAUGAACGAGUAGCAACAUUUAAAAAAGUAGCAGCGAUUUUACAAAAAUCUGAAACCGACAGAACCGCAGAGGAAACGGGGAUUCUUCUUUCCUGCAGUGACGUAGUGAAAGAGGUUAAUUUAAGACAACAGAAAAGACACAGAGUAAAAGCAAGAUUGGAAGAGGUCGAAGAUGCGCCAGAAAUUUUGGAAGAAAAGUGUAUGCGAUUAGCAGCUGCGAUUAGCAGAGCGACAUCGCUAGCUGUUUAUACUGGUGCAGGCAUUAGUACAGCUGCUUCUAUUCCAGAUUAUAGAGGAACUAACGGUGUUUGGACUCGUUUACAACAAGGAAAAGAUAUCGGAAAUCAUGAUCUAAGUCAAGCGGAACCAACAGUGACUCAUAUGGCUCUGUAUGCUUUAUACAAGGCACGAGUUUUAAAACACGUAGUUUCCCAGAAUUGCGAUGGACUUCAUUUACGCAGUGGGAUACCUCGCACAUUUUUAUCCGAGGUUCAUGGGAAUAUGUACGUGGAAGUUUGUAGAGUGUGUAAACCAUUUAGAGAAUAUUGGAGAUUGUUCGACGUUACGGAGAAAACUGCACGAUAUUCUCACGGUACUGGUAGAUUGUGUCACAGAUGUAAUUCUGUUUUGCAAGAUUCAAUUGUUCAUUUUGGUGAAAGAGGCAAUCUUCCGUGGCCGAUAAAUUGGAAUGGCGCUACGAGAGCAGCAAAACAGGCAGACGUUAUAUUAUGUUUGGGUUCUAGUUUGAAAGUUUUAAAAAAGUAUCCGUGGUUGUGGCAAAUGGAUAGGCCGAUUCAUAAACGUCCGUCACUAUACAUUGUAAAUUUACAGUGGACUCCGAAAGAUGAGAACGCGGUCUUGAAAGUAAAUGGAAAAUGCGACGAAGUCAUGAAAAGGGUUAUGACUCAUCUCGGGUUGGAAAUACCACUGUAUAAUCGUGCCAAGGAUCCAAUAUUUUUUCAUGCUAUACAGCUCGGAAAUAAUGAACAGUAUACGAUGAGUCAACCGUGUUUAGAAGAGCCGUGUAAUAUCGAUUGCAAGGAGUUGAGUAAAAUCAGUGGUGAUUUUUGCAAAGAUAUUUCUCCCCAAAUAAAAGAGGAAGAGGAAGAAGAUUGCAUCUCGCCCAAAAUAAUAACUGAAUCAAUGUCCGCUUAUCCAGCGCCAUUUUUUACAGCAUUACCAUUUCUGUCCAUGGGUUUGCCAUUUCCACCAAUGUAUAUGUGCCCCCAAUUAACACCAUUUUUCUAUUAUCCGUUUAUACAAAUACCAAGUAUGACCAUGGACAUACAGAAACCCAAGCCAACUUGUACUUUUUGUAUGGAAAACGAAGGUUCCCUCACUUGUCUGUAUUACCAACGAGAAACGGACAUUUCCUUAAUAGGAGCCGAAAGCAAACAAAUGAAAGACGCAAAGACAUUAGUAAUUCAUACGGAUACACCGAUCGCACCUCCUAAAAAUCCUGGGUGGUUUGGCAAAGGGUAUCGUAAAGGCAUGAAAAAGAAGCGGUAGCAUUUACUCUCUAAUAUAUGGUAUAUGACUUUCUCUGUUAUUAUGUGAAUGUAUAACAUAUAGUAUAUAAUAUUGUACGUAAAUGCCUCCAUAUCAUGAUGAAAUAUGUGUACACAAUUUGCGAAUGUAUAGCGACUUAAUUCCAGUAUCCAAAAUUUUAAUAAUCAAAUUAAAUUAUGACAAUAGUUGUUAAGCUUUAAAGUAUAGACAGUCUAUAAUCAAUGAAACUUCCAAAACGUUUAUUUUCUAGUAAACCGAUUCGUUCAAUGAAUAUUUAUGUCCGAUAAGUUUUAUAUAAAAAUUGUUCAUUUAUAAAUUUUAAUAUUGAUUUUCUAUGAAGUAUGCUUAAUUCGAAGUUAUUGUAUUGUUAUCGUAUAAGUCAAUUAUGUUGUGAUUUUUAAUUAUAAGGUUUUAUUUAAGCAGAUAAGUGUUGUGCAGAUCACGGUAAAUUCCUAGUGACCAAAGUGAUAAUUUUUUAAUACGUUUUAUUUGUUUUAUUAAUUGCUUUAUAUUCGCAGUGGCGGAUAAAAUGGAGGGAAACUAGAGAGACUAGUGCCUCCCCCCUUUCUAUUGAUCAACAAACAAAUGUACUAUCUAAAUUUUAAAGCAAUUUCUUUGUUCGUUAACAAAUGUUGAACAAUCAUCGAAAUUUUGAUAUUUCUAUUUAUAAUUUCUUUUUAAUUAUUUCGUGAUUUUUUUAUUAGUCUCCCCCCUUGAGUUUCUCUAGAUCCACCACUGUAUAUAUUUGUAUAGUUGAAUGUAUAACAUCUUUUUUUUUUUCUUUUAAAAUUGUUUUUAUAAGUAUUGCAUGCAUAAAGCUUCCCAGAUUAUUUCACUGUAUUAAUUUAUCAUUCCAAUUUUGUAAACAUGA